GUAUUUAAAUGCGGCGCACAUAGCAUUCGGUGUUUGUGCCGUUACAAUGGAUCAGCAAACAACGUGUUGCAGGCCCGGGUCCAGGUUACUGGGCCUUUCGGCAAUCUUCAUCACACUGCUUACAUUGAACCUGCCUUCUCCCACACUCGGGACGUAUUACGUAUCAUUUCCAAGAUCCUUUGUCUCUGGAAGUCCUGUGGAUCUGUACAUUCAAGUAACGGAGGCAACUUCUCCUGUUAAUGUCGUCGCGGCUAUUGUAGACGGCAACAGAAUGGUUGUUUCAAGUGCGAUAAAGGCCAUACUUUCAGGGAAGCCAGAGCGGAUACAGAUUGAUGUUCCCGAUGACCUGCCUACAUCUAGAUACGUUAUCGCGGUGAACGGUACAGGUGGUCUUUCGUUCUACAACGAGGCGAACCUCACGUAUAUAAAUGACGUCAUAGUUAUGAUACAGACAGAUAAGACACGCUACUCCGCCGGACAAACAGUACGCUAUCGCGCAAUAUUUCUUCAGCCUGACCUGACCAACUUUGAAGGAAACGCAAGCAUUUCGAUUUAUGACGGCAAAAACAACCGCAUACAACUAGAAGGACCACAUAGAGUUCUCAAUGGUGUCAUUGAAGGACAACUGAAUCUUAGCAGAGAACCAAUUUAUGGAGAUUGGAAAAUACAGGCGAACGUUUUGGACUCCGUUAAAAACAAAUCGUUCAAAGUCUUUGAUUACGUUUUACCAAGAUUCAACGUGGAACUGAUUAUCCCAAGUGACAUAUUAACGACAGACCAGACAAUAAGGAUUGCUGUUAAGUCAAGUUUCACGUUCAACACUGGUGUUCAGGGAAGCUGUACUUUGGUCGUCUACCAAGAGAACGACCGAUACCAUUACUAUAGCAUUUCAACACCGAUAAAUGGGUUGGCGAAUUUUACGAUUUCCAUGUCCGACCUCAGAAGUCAAGGAGUAGAUACAUCGCAUAACAUGAAACUACGAGCCACUGUAACGGAUAACUCCACUUUGCUGUCGUUUACCACAGAAAAGGAUAUAAUUAUACAAGGGAAUCAUGACGACCAGUAUAAACUACAAGAGAUAAUGAUAAGAAAUGGAUUUGUAAAUGGAUUGAACUAUACUACAUACCUGAAAUUGACAAAAAACGGGAAAGGUCCAAACAUGAUCGGAGCGCUUGACGUUUCUGUCACGUACUACAGUGUAGUUUUAAGUACAUGUCAUCAACAAUACGGUACACUUGACCACCAGUAUUUACAAAUCUCAACAUCGAAUUUCAAUGGACAAACAACCUUUGGUCAAAAUGGCAUUGCAGUAGUAACAUUUCCUGUUAACGGCAUUAAUAUUGAGAAAGUAGAUUUGCAGGUACGGUACACCACUGCUGCGGACUUUUCAAAAACGCUGUACUCGAUGUCGAAAACCCCGACAGACGUGUUGAAAGUGACUUUGAGUAGUGCUGAAAUGCAGGUGGGAAACGUUGUGACAGUUACAGCAGAAUCAUCAAAACCACUGUAUGGCCCCGUUACAAGUGAAGUUUACUGUCGAAAUCGUCUUGUGCAGUUUGAAUCUACAAUAGCUAAUGGUGAAACUACGUUUCGUUGGAAGGUUUUACUUACAAAUGAUAUGGUCCCUUUCUCCUACAUAGUAGCUUCACAUAUAACUAGCGGUCGGUGGAGUUUAUCUGAUAGCGCUUUCGUACAAGUUGAUGGGACACCUAUGAAAAAUAAGGUACAAGUGACGUAUAACACUAGUUUAACCGAACCAGGACAAUUCGUUGAUAUGAAGAUAACUGCUGAUCCAUUAUCGAUGGUGUACGUGAUGGUUGGAGAUGAACGUAACAGGCUGCUCGGAAAUGAAAAGGAUAUAUUCUCUGAUGAGGUUAUGGACGGAGUGACAUCGUUUUCCAACAACCAUGCAGACAAUGGAUAUCUAAACGGUCAAGAUGAAUCAACCACUGGACUGAUAACUUUAACAGACGGGUCAGUAUUCAAUACGAAUCAUGCAGACCAGUUGUUUAUUUUGGGAAGUCUUCCAACCAGCUGUCAACAGGCUGGCUAUGGGGGUACCAUGACUGGAGGCACCAUAACUGGAGGCACCAUGAGUGGAAGUUUAAACGGUCAAACCGGGACAUGCUUAGACAAGAUCCCCAACUGCGCCGCCUACGCUGCCGACUUGUGCACGACCGCCUCCUACAGAUUGUGGGCCACAUAUAACUGCGCAGAUCAUUGUAACCUCUGCGCUGGAGGCACCAUGAGUGGAAGUUUAAACGGUCAAACCGGGACAUGCUUAGACAAGAUCCCCAACUGCGCCGCCUACGCUGCCGAAGUGUGCACGACCGCCUCCUACAGAUUGUGGGCCACAGAUAACUGCGCAGAUCAUUGUAACCUCUGCGCUGGAGGCACCAUAACUGGCACUGGGGGUACCAUGACUGGAGGCACCAUGACUGGCACUGGGGGUACCAUGACUGGAGGCACCAUGACUGGCACUGGGGGUACCAUGACUGGAGGCACCAUGAGUGGAAGUUUAAACGGUCAUACCGGGACAUGCUUAGACACGAUCUCCAACUGCGCCACCUACGCUGCCGACUUGUGCACGAUAACCGAAUUCAAAGCGUGGGUAUGGGAGAACUGCGCAGGUCAUUGUAACCUCUGCGCUGGAGGCGCCAUGACUGGCACUGGGGGUACCAUGACUGGAGGCACCAUGACUGGCUUUGGGGGUACCAUGACUGGUACCGGGAUUGGCAUGAGUGAGUUUGGCUCUGGGGGUACCAUGACUGGCACUGGAGGUACCAUGACUGGCACUGGGGGUACCAUAACUGGCACUGGGGGUACCAUAACUGGCACUGGGGGUACCAUGACUGGCACUGGGGGUACCAUGACUGGCUCUGGGGGUACCAUGACUGGUACUGGGGGUGCCUCGACCGGUUCCUUAGCAUGGGGUGCUACCGGUUCUGUAGCUGGUUCCGUAUUGUCAGGUGGCUCGAUGCGUCCUGCAUUAGAUGCUUUGCAGAUAGGUCAACUUCUAAGGGACAAGUUUCCGGAGACAUGGAUAUGGGAAAAACACAUUGUUGGAGUAUCCGGAGAAUUACAUAUAACAAAGCAAUUGCCGGAUUCGAUCACUUCAUGGAAUACCACCGUUUUCGCAACAAACUAUGCAACAGGAUUCGGAAUAGCUGAUAAUAUUUCGAAGGUGACUGUUAAGAAGUCUUUUUUCAUUACUAUGGAUCUGCCCGACACGAUUGUUCAAGGGGAGGAAUGUCUUCUCCAAAUAACAGUUUUCAAUUACUUGCCGGAGCGUCAAGAGGUGGUUAUAUCAGUUCAACACUCAGAUGAUAUACAUCAAACAAUCCCAACUGCAACAGUGGUACAACCAAAUGAAGGUCAUUCUACCUUUGUUCGAUUGACUCCUAAUAUAACUGGCGAUGUCAACAUCACUGUAAGGGCAAAGGCUGGGGACUUUUUCACGACGGUCGCCUAUGACUCACUUCAAAAAACCUUACGCGUGCGGCCAAAUGGUGUGCACAUGACCGAAAAUCAACAGCAUUUGAUACAUGUGCACCCAACAUCUUCAAAUUAUAACAAGUCUGUCUCACUGGCCAAACCGAACAAUAUUGUACCUGGAACGGAAAGAUUAAUUCACUUAAAGAUAACAGGGGAUUUUAUGGUUCCAAGCAUUGACGGUUUGCAAAAUCUAAUAAAUAGACCAUCUGGUUGUGGCGAACAAAACAUGGUCAAUUUUGCACCUGAUGUAUUCAUUUCGAAGUAUUUGAAAACAGUAAACAAGUUCACACCUCUUUUAAAAAAAACGGUGAUUGAACAUUUGGAAUUCGGGUAUCAGAAUGAGCUCCGAAAUAAACAUUCGGAUGGUUCCUUCAGUGCAUUUGGGAACAGCGACCGUUCAGGCAGUACCUGGCUCACAGCUUUUGUAAUGAAGUGUUUUGGACUUGCAAGAUCGAUGAUAAUGAUUGAUGACAAUAUUAUCAAAGAAGGCAUAAAUUGGCUUUUGGACAAACAGAAAACAGACGGAUCUUUCGACGAACCUGGUCGUGUGAUUCAUACGAAUAUGCAGUCUGGUACUGGACAUGGCGCUGCCCUGACUGCGUUUAUUAUGAUAUCCCUGCUUGAGAACCGCGAUUCAUAUUCAGCAGCGCAAUCCAGAAUGAAUACGUCAGCGUUGAAGAGUAUGGCUUACUUGGAAACACAGCUCAGCACCAUUCACGAUGCAUAUACGCUUGCAAUAACGUGUUACGGACUGGUAUUGACAAGAAGUUCCCAAAGUUCUAUGUGCUUUACCAAACUCCAAGCUGCUUCAAGUAUAGAUGGAGAGUUAACUUAUUGGACCAGCGGUGGUCGAGUGAAAAGGUCAGGAGUUCUACACACAAGGGCUCCUGCCCAAGAUAUCGAGUCAACGGCAUAUGCUCUAUUGACCUAUAUCGAAAUGAAUAAAAUGGCAGAGGCUUUCAGUAUUGUUAAAUGGCUGGUCUCUCAACGGAAUCCUUCUGGAGGAUUUCAGUCAACUCAAGACACCGUUGUUUCUCUUCAAGCAUUGGCAAGGUUUUCUGAAUUAUCUACAAUCGGCCCACAUCAGACACCAAACUACAAUGUACAUUUUGUUGGCAUUGGAAACGGUUUUAAUCAUCAGUAUGACGUAACUCUUGGCAAUUACGAUGUUACGCAUACUGUACCGAUUCCUGACAGCCUAGACAGUCUUAGCAUCUCCGCAACCGGACACGGAGUUGCUGUCGUCGAUGUCAUUAUGUCUUACUACGUGCAAGGAUCAACAAGCAGCAACUUUAUCGAGGUGACUGCUCCGGUAUCUAGCGAAUCCAUCAACAGCGUAACGAUCGAUCCAUGCGUUCGAUGGAUCGGGCCAACAGCUAGCGGCAUGAUACUUGUUGAAAUAGAAAUGAUAACAGGAUUUAGGCAUAACGUUGACGUUCUUGGAAGUCAACCAAAAAUAAAACGAUAUGAGGCGAACGGCAAAAGUCUGGCACUUUACUUCGACGCGCUGGACACAGGGAACCAACACUGUGUGAAGGUGACUAUGGAACGUUCAGAUCCAGUUGUGAAAAGCCAGGCAUGUCACGUCGUCGCGUAUGACUACUAUGAACCAACUCACCAGGCGGUCACGGUGUACGAGUCGGGUAUAUUGAAGCGGUCCACCGUUUGCGAUAUCUGUCCUCUUUGCACGUGGUGCCACGGAGCACACCAGAGUGUGAUCGUUGGAUGAUAUGUCAAUGCGGUUGAUUGCGUUCUUCUGAUGACAUGUACAAUACAACUUCCGAUUAUAAUUUUAAGCAUUGA